AUGGUGAAUGGACCUUAUGCGAGAGGUCAAUAUCCUCCUCGGCCGGGAUACCAAAAUCCUAGCCGACUUGGGGCAGAUUAUUAUUCCCAGGAUGGCCGCGCAGAAGCACCAGAAUGGAGAGGCCCACCAAUGACAAUUGCGAGGGGAUUACGAGACCUCUGUCAGAUACCGGGACAGAAUUUUUUCGUGGCUGCUGAAGAUAAUGGGAGAGUAAUCUGCCUCUCCACUCCUAUCGGUUCAUCGCAACUUGACCACGAGCAGUUCUUUGACCAGAAUGCUUUUCUCAAUAACAUAAAUCAGAUCAGACGAGGUGAUCCUCUUGACGGGCCGGAUCUGAGCAUUGGCGCAGAAUUGGGCACGAUCCUUCAAGAAACAGGUAGGACGAGGACUCAAAGCCGGUAUAGCUAUCCUAACAAUGUGGUGGCCGGGUAUGCCGACGAUGCAACCCGAAGGUCUAGAAAGAGACCAAGAGCUAGUAGUCGUCAACCUGGUAGUGCUAGUCGGCAAGCUGUGGAGCCCAAAAAAGGCAUCAGAAUCGGCGAUAGUGAUGCGGUCUAUGCCUUCUACGAUCACCAUUUGAGAUGCUGCCAACAGUCGGCAUGUAAGAUGAUCGCUAAGGCAUGGGUGAAGGCUGUAGCGCCAAAAAAACAAUCGACCCAUCCCUACACACGUGGAGAUAGGUCGCGUCCGGACUGGUGGCCUAAAGUAUAUUGCAAGUAUGGGGAGGAUACUUACAAGGCGCUGCGACACAAGGAACCGGACCAUCUAGGGAAGGACGAACGAGUCUACUUACUUUGUCACAUACUUCGCAUGAUAGUAGAGCCAGAGUACAGACGUCAUGAUGCAAUUCGAAAGGUUAACCUGGACUUAAAGGGCCUCGAAAUCGUCACAUAUGACGCGCUGUCAGCAUUCUUUGGCGACAAAGAUAGCCCAUCUAAUAUGAGCAAGAAGCCUCUUUUGCAAGAUAUUUUCAAAAUUGCAAGACAAGAGGCGCGUUACAAGGACAACGAAAUCAGUGGCGAUACCGAAGUCUUCGUAUCUUCCGUGUCCGACAACGAUGCUGGCAACGACCCAGCAUCGGAUUCAGAGGACGAUGGCCGCAUAUUCACGCCUGCUUCAUCUGUUGUAUCGUCAGUGGAGCCAACCGGACCCCAGAUGAUGAUGUCUCAAGUGCAAAUUAGUGAUCAUAGCGAAUCUGGCCAGUUCUCAGCCCACGGCUUCCCCCAGGAUAUUGCUAUUCGUGGCGCACAAUACCAGCAACCUGACUUCGAGUCUGAGUUGUCCGAACGACCAAAUUACAUGGAAACACAUGGCGCAGGCAACCAAGCCUCAAAUUAUAGCCACAGCCACCUUGGCCUACCUGAUAUGUAUCCUAGUCCUCAGGGAACCAGUCGGCGAUCUUCGGUGUUCAACUCGGGCUCUGAAUAUGGAAGCCCCGCGACGCCGGUGACAUACUCCCCGUGGCCGACCUCUAGUGCUCCCAACAACACGCCCAUGUAUGGCUUCCCUCCGCAGUCGUCUAACGUGCAAGUUUUCGGACAAUUGAGCCAGGGCCAAUCGUAUGCACCACCAUCUAUUGAUGGGCUACCUCGACAAGCUAGCGGUGCGCAUCAUACGGACAUUUUCGCCUCUAGAACGGUCGGUCAUUGUGCGAUACAGCCACAACGAGGGUUUACACAUUACGUGACGACAGAUGGAGCAUCAUUAUUGGAGCGUAAUGUCAAGUCGGAGGGAGAGCAUCAGCCUUCAAUCUCUCAGUAG